ACUAUUAUCAACAUCUAUUUUCAGUGAAUUAGUUUCUUCUGCCCUUUAUAUUAAUUAGUACCAGGCUCAACAGACAAAUAAAUCAUGAAAAUAAGACGAUACAAACGUGUUAAGGCUUCCAUGGAAUUUUACAAGAAAAAUUUUGGGUUUCGAGCACCAUAUAAUGUGCUGAUUGAUGGAACUUUCUGUUUUGAGGCAAAAGAGAAAAAAGUCAAAAUCCGUGAGCAACUUCCUAACUACCUGAGGAGCGAGCUGAAUAUUGUGACCACUCAAUGCUGCAUCAUUGAAGUUGAGAACCUGCUUCGACUUAAAAAAAGCCUCUCAGGAUGCUGCCAGAUUCUCAAACAGUUUGCGGUUCAUCGCUGCGGACACGAAGGCCAGCCACUCACAUCCACUAGCUGCAUCAUGUCCAUGCUUGACAAGGGCAACCCUCAUAGGUACAUCGUAGCCAGCAACGACCCGAGUCUGAGGAACCUGAUCCGGCACACCUACUGCGGGGUGCCCCAGAUCUUCAUGGUGGGCGUGGCCCCCACCCUGGAGAAAAUAUCUCCUAAUACACUCAAGAAGGUGGAGAAGGAGAGCAAUGUAUUGAUAAGUGAACGAGAAGUUGAGCGACUGAAGGAAAUGAAGGCAACAUUAAGCAUCACCAUGAAGAAAUCCGAUCUGAAGAAGAAUAAAAAGAAAAAGAAACGCAAAUUCAAAGCCGAAGAUGUCCCUUCUUCUUCAUCGUUGGAAACUUCUUGAUAAUUUGCACGCCUCUUGCAAGUUUAAUAAAUCAAUAUUCGUAUUUC